AUGGCCAUGAUUGAAGAUAUCCACGACGAAAAAAGAGGCACCAACUCAUCAAUUGUUGAAGAUGUUGGACCAAAGGUCGAACAAGCACGAGUUGCUACCGAAGAAGAACACAACCUCUCAGUCUGGGAUGCCUUGUCCAAGAACAAAAUUGUUGUCUUUUGGUGCAUCUUCUUCGCCUUCAGCGCUGUGGGAUGGGGUUUCGACGCCCAAGUCAAUGGAGCCAUGAUUUCCGUGCCGCAGUUUCGCCUCGCAUUCGGAUACAUCUAUAGAGGCAAACCCGUCCUCCCAGCAAGCUGGCAGAGCGGUUUCAACAGCAUCUCUAGCGUAGGGCAGUUCUUUGGAGGCUUCGCUUGUUCCUGGGUCAGUGAUCGGAUCGGGCGUAAAAAUGCACUCCUCGUAGGGCUGUGCUUCGUCAGCGGGGGCAUUUUUGGUGAAGUCUUUUCUGGCACCAGGCCUGCCUUUCUCAUCGGCAAAUUGAUCCUCGGCAUCGGACUGGGCUUUUACUUGACUAUCGGUCCGCUUUAUUGCUCUGAAGUGGCACCGGUGGUCAUUCGUGGCAUGGUCACGGGUGGAAUCAACUUUGCCAUUGUUAUUGGUCAACUCUUGUCGAACGCUGUGAUUAAAGGGUUUGGAGAUCGGGAUGACCGAUGGGCCUUCCGGGGUCCUUUUGCCGUGCAGUUCUUGUUCGUUGCCAUCCUCCUCGUUGGAAUCCCAUUCGCCCCAGAAUCUCCAUGGCAUUAUAUUCGUCGUGGACGUGUGGAGGAUGCUCGACGAUCUCUACAACGGCUCCAUGGCGAGGAUGCAGACGUCGGACCAAAACUCGCCAUGAUCAUCCGAACAGUUGAAGAAGAUAUGGAACUGUCGAAAUCCGCCAGAUGGAUUCAAUGCUUCCAGGGCACAAAUCUGGUACGCACCAUAAUCUCCGUUGGUGUCUUCGCGUGCCAACACCUGUCCGGGAUCGUUUUCGUGUUGGGUUUCUCCACUUACUUCUUCGAACUGGCAGGUAUUGAGACUACUCAUGCUUUUGAUUUGGGCGUCGGCGUAACCGCAUGCGGUGUUGUGGGUGUCAUUAUCUCCUGGAGCGUCAUCAAUACCCUCGGUCGCCGCAAACUGUUCGUCUGGGGCAUGAUCGGUAUGACGAUUGUCCUGGUGCUCAUGGGCAUUCUAGACGUGGUUCGCACCUCUGCCGCACGCUGGGUCCAAGCCUCCUGCACCAUCGUCUACGCUCUGAUCUACCAAAUCACUAUCGGAUGCGUUGCAUUUGCCCUGCUCGGCGAGGUCUCAACACCAUCUCUACGUGCCAAAACCGUUGGUCUCGCAACCGCCUGCCAGGCCGUCUUUGGAACUGUCAUGAACAUUGUUGUUCCCUAUAUGGUGAACCCAGACAAAGCCAAUCUCAAGGGCAAGGUUGGCUUUAUCUUUGGAGGUGCUUGCCUACUUGGAACUAUCUGGAGUUAUUGGUACGUUCCCGAGCUCAAGGGUCGUACGUUUCAGGAAAUCGAUUACAUGUUCCAUCAUAGAGUCCCGCCAAGGAAGAUGGGUACGUAUAAUCUUGACGAUGUCGAUGAUGUGAUUUUGAUUGAUUAG